GUCUUUUCUCAACUCCACGGCGAUGUCAAGAGAUUACCCAAUCGAUGAAUUUUUGGGGUCGAGACUGACAAAAGGUGGCUACCAGUUUGGGCAGAGGCAGGGAAACCUUCCGCCGUUCCGGUACGCAAGGGGAGAAUUUCGAAAGUGCGGGUCGAACUUUUGGGAGAAAGGAAGGUGCGUGGUCUGGAGAUUUGCCAAACAAAAGCGAUACUUGGAGUCGUAAACCAGGGCCGUGCAGCGGAGUGUUGGAAUGGAAAGAACAGUUAUAACAACUGAUACUUCGUCGGAGAUCACUGGUUCGACAACGUCACCGGGUGUUGCACCGGUCGUCCUCUCCGAUGAUCUGGUGGAGGAGCUCCUACGCUUCACUCUCUCCCUUACUGCUUCCGGGGCAAUUGUCACCCUCCCCUUCUCCCUCUCACUCUCCCCUGACUACUGCUCCCACCUCCUGCAGCCUGAACCUUCCGCCCUUCUUCCGUUUCUGCAUCCGUUUGACGGUGAUGGGACUAGUGGUGUGCCGGCAUAUCCCUUGUACAAACACUUGGCGAGAGUGAUACGAAGAUGCAUUGACUCAGGGAAUUUCAUCAGAUCGUUGAGCAAUGCUAUGCCUUCCAUUCCGCUAGAAGAAAAGACAAAUCUGAAAGUGAAUGAAUGGAAUAGCCUGAUCUCGAACAAGGGAUCGGAACUGACCAAGAUGCUUAGCAAUGUGGACUUCGAACUCCAUGUUCAAGAACCUUUCUUCUCACAGCUGAGAGAUGGUUUGAAAACUGUUGAAGGAAGGUGUGCUCUAGGUCUUUAUAAUCGAAUCGCACCUCGUUCAUUGAUUCUCUUCAACAAAUGUCUCUUACUUGAAGUUACGCAUGUUAAGCAUUACAAUUCCUUCUCUGAAAUGCUGCAAGUAGAGAUUCUUGCUAAUGUCCUCCCAGGGAUUAUGUCUGUUGAAGAUGGGAUCCAAGUCUACCGCAAGUUCUAUACAGAAGAGAAGGAAAUGUCAAAUGGUGUAUUGGCUAUCUCUGUCAAAAGAUCUGCUAUUCAACCAUACAAUACCUUGGCCAACUUUCUUUAUGGACUUGGUUAUGAUGGAAUAGCUAAUCUUCUUGGGCUGGUGCACACUGUCGCAACAGUUCCUGAUGCAUUACCGCCACCAAGAUCAUCUUUGAUAUCAUCAUCUAUGAAACCGGUGAGGCCAAAUGUCACUGGUUGUUUGUUAACUGAUGCUGCAAAGGCAUUGGCUAAGCAUGUUAAUAGGAGCAAUAAUCGAUGGUGGGGUGUCUUCCAUGGGAGCGAUUCCAAUAAGAACAAGUUAUCGUUAGCAGUGCUUCACCGUUUGUUGAAUGAUUGCUGUUGGAUGAACAUCCACUUAAUUCAACCUUAUGGAUGUGUUUUUGAGAUAAGAGUUCCUGAAGGUUUUGGUGCUCGUUGGUCUCAUGAUGGCUCAAAGUUCAUUGGAUUUCUGGAACCGUAUACUGACGACGGCUUCUCAAAUCGGUGGCAACAUUAAGCCUUAUUUCACUAUUUGGUGCUUACGCUUCAGCUUUCCAGCAUCUGCGAAUCAUUUCUGUUUGAAAUGGAAAGAGGGUUUCAUUGUUAACUAGCUUGCACCUACCCGGCAUGGAGCUCAGUAUUUACUAAAUUAGAAUGGUGCAUGCAUUGAAGAGGUAACAGCAUUGAAGGAAGGGGUAACAGUUAUCGAACUAGACCUUGUUCAUCUCUUUUCUCAUAUUUAUGUACCUAGAUGAAUCGAUAAAAUGUUUUUUAAGGUUAUUAUCCUGAAUAAAAUAUCUAUUUAUAUAGGAUAUUGAUGGAAGAAAAACUA